GUUAACGACCUGGAGGGACAUGUCUGGCAGCGGGAGGAGAAACUGGCUGAGAAGCGCGAGAGCUUCCUCCAGGAGGAGCUUUCUGUGGCAUCUGCCCUGCAGGCCCUUGAGGUCGCGCAGAUCCGGGCAGGUGAACUCCAGGCUGCCAAUGCCGCGCAUGACCGUGAGGUGCAACAGCAACAGCGUCAGCUGGUACGGACGAAGCAGCGCUUGGAGAAGCGUCUCGAGCGAGUGGAAAGGGAGCGUGCCAGCUUCGUGGAAGAGCGGACGGCGCUGACGGAGCUCGAGGAGUCGGAGCAGGGCAAGACACCCCCGAUCUCCUCCGAGGCACUCCGUGCCAAGGUGGCAGAGCGUCGAGAGGCGCUAGAAGUGGCGCGCGAGCAGCUUGAGGCCCUUCGCGCGGAGGUGAGGGCUUGGCAGACACGCCUGGAGCCGCUGCGCAGAGAAAUGCAAACCAAGGAGGCGGACCUCGACGAGCGUCAGAGCCUCAUUCAGCGCCGGCGCGCGGCGCUGCAGCAGCGGGAGGAGCGCCUGCAACUCCUGACAUCGGAGCUAGCGGAGGCUCACGAGACGGAGGCGGAGUCGCGCAAGACAAGCGCUGAGAAGGAGAAGCGACUGGAAGAGAUUUGGGAGCAGAUCUACCAGCGCCAGUCGGUUCUCGAG